AUGCAGAAUUGUUUGAUAUUUCGAACGGCUAUUGCCGUAUGUCUUAUUGCUUUAAGUUUUGCUACAUUAACAAAAGAUUACGAUAUAUCUGAUGGACUCUUAGAAACUCUUUUUAAAAAUUGGCUUGAUCAUAACGAUCGUGACUAUGGUUCAUUUGUUGAGUAUCAACAACGAAUGAGAAUUUUCAAAGAAAAUUAUAUUAGAAUUCAAAAAUUAAAUGAAGUUUUCGGACAUGAUAUGACAUUUGAAUUGAAUAAAUUUGCUGACCUAUCAGAAGAUGAAUUUCGAAAUACGAUUUUAAUGCGUCCUCAAGCACCACCUAUACAUUCUCGAUCAAGAUAUAUGAAAAUUCCAACUGUUGGAGAUCUACCUGAUUCAUUCGAUUGGCGAGAUCAUAAUGCUGUUACACCAGUAAAAGAUCAAGGAUCGGUGGGUACAUGUUGGGCUUUUUCAACUGUUCAAAAUGUCGAAGGUCAAUGGUCUCUAAAAAGUAAAACAUUAACAAAUUUAUCUGUUGAACAAAUAGUCGAUUGUGAUGGCAUGCAAAAAACUGAUUCAGGACAAGCUGAUUGUGGUGUUUACGGUGGUUGGCCAUUUCUUAGUUUUCAAUAUUUAAUGAAACAAGGUGGUAUUGAAUCUGAAUCAACAUAUUCAUAUUGUGCUGGAUUAAAAAACCCAUGUGAACCUUGUAAUGCUCCAGGCUAUAAUAAAACUUUAUGUGGUCCUCCAAUUCCAUUUUGUUAUAUAAAAGAUAGUUGUGAAAGUAAACUUGAUUCAACAAAAUUUGUAUCAGGUCUUAAAGUUAUCGAUUGGAAAGCAAUUGAUGAAGAUGAAACAAAUAUUUCAGCUGCUUUAAUGAAUACUGGUCCAUUAUCUGUUGCACUCAAUGCUGAAAUGCUACAAUUUUAUCAUAAAGGAAUUUUCAAUCCAGUUUUUUGUAAUCCAAAAAAUCUUGAUCAUGCUGUACUUAUGGUUGGUUGGGGAAAAGAAGGGUCAAAACCUUAUUGGAUUGUGAAAAAUAGUUGGGGUGCUAGUUGGGGUGAACAUGGUUAUUUUCGUAUUUUACGUGGUAAAGGUACAUGUGGUAUUAAUACUCAAGUGACAACUGCUAUACUCGGUUAA